GCCGUUCUUACUUUUCCUCCCGUUCCUUGACAGGCAGCAAAUGAAAGCGGCUUUCUUCAUGUCCGUGGAGUCCUCGGAAGGUUUGCUGAACGAAAUUGGCAGCCAGGCUUUAGCAUUGGGGACGUACGCUUCUCCGGCCCACGUGGUUGAACAGAUUGACUCGGUGACCACUGCCGACGUUGUGAAUGCGGCCAAGAAGUUUGUCAGUGGGAAGAAGUCGAUGACCGCUCGGGGAAACCUGUCCAAUACCCCUUUUGCUGACGAGUUGUGAGAAAGCAAAGAUAAGGGUACGGCUGUAAGGCGAACCCCAAAGCCAUCGGAUUGAUUGCUCUUCCCUGUGCUUUGGCUUAACAGAGUUCCAUGUUCCUAUACAUACGUCAAAUAAAGUGCAGAACUUGUACGCCAAC